AAAGUCAGUUUUUCGUUCUUGUACUUUUAUUCAAGUAUCAGUCUGUUGUACUUUAUACAACACUGAAGUUUCAUCAGUUGCAGAGGAACAACUUGUUUUGUGAGAGUUAAGAAAAUUCCUCAUGAUAUAUUUUGCUAACAGACAGAUUUGACUUCAUUAGUUACAAACAUAAAUAAAACCUUUUAAAAAGAAAUGUGGGGAUGGAUGCAGGUUUUCAGGUUCUGACGCUGACUGAGUCCACAGUCUGAGGUUUGGGUGGACAUUUCUGGGAGCGUCUCCAAAGCUCACAGUUGUCAGGAGGGGCUGGACCUGGGGCUGAGCAGUUUUCCUGUGCAGUCUCUGCAGCUCCAGACUGACCUCUUCCUUCCUUCCUGCCACAUUUCUCUCUGUGCGGAAAUAAUAAUAAUAAAAACAGCCCGAGGAUUAGCAGAAAGAUCAUUUAAUUAUCUGUAAAAAGCGGUUUUGACGACAUGACGCAAGCGGAAGCUUUUUCUCCUCCUUCGUCCUGAAGGGAAGAGUUGUUGAAACUGCUGAAAGUUUGGACGGGUCUGUGUGGAGCAGCAGGCAGACACAGAGGUGGGUUUCUCCUGCAGCAGGGGGCAUGCUGCUCUGAGACUCUGCUCUUCUCAUCUGGAACUAAUAGACAACAAAAACCCUGAAGACGCAGAGGAUCCAGACCCCAGCUCCGGACCUUCUUCUGGUCUAAGGUGUUCACCAUGAAGGUGUUUGUUUGUCUCAGUUUAGCUCUGAUUUAUUUCGUCACCUGGACCGGAGCCAACGGACAGAACCCUGUGAAACGGGCCCAGUUGGACCGCGCGGUCCCGCUGCGCGCAGCAGACCAGCCGCGCCUGCGUCCAGGAUCAGGCUCAGCAGAUGGAACAGAACCUGGGACUAAUGUUCAGGCCGAUCUGGGCUCUUCGGUUCCGGACCGGACGGUGACGUCACRCAGUAGGAGAGUCGGGGGUCGCGGUUUGUUGCCUCGGAGAAGAGGGGGCGCCGGAGAGCUCGGCCUGCCCGACAUGCCUCAGGGGGAUGAGGGCAGUCCAGGAGCCAGAGCCAGGGUCACAGCCAGCAGCGCCGGGUCACCGAACCUUCUGGCCAGCUUCGCAGGGAAGAACCGGGUCCUGGUGAUCUCCGCGCCCCACGAGGCGGACGGUUAUUACCGACUGAUGAUGUCCCUCCUGAAGCCGGACGUGUACUGUGAGCUGGCCGAGAGACACGUCCAUCAGAUCGUCAUGUUCCACCAGGAGGGGGACCUGGGGGGCAAGGUGAGGAGGAUCAGCACCGAGGGCAAGAUCCUGGAGGAGCCGCUGGACGUGGCGCUCAUCCCCAGACUCAUGAGCUUCCUCAAACUGGAGAAAG